UUAGCGGCCUGCUGGCUCGGCGAGGGGUCUCCGGGAGCCGGCUGAGCGCUCGCCCGCAGAGGAAGCCAUGUACCGGCGCAGCUACGUCUUCCAGACCCGCAAGGAGCAGUACGAGCGCGCCGAGGAGGCGCCGCGCGCCGCCGAGCGGGACAGCCUGGCGGAGGCCCGGGCGGCCGCCCCGAGCCUGGCGGCGCUGCAGGGGCUCGGCGAGCGCGUGGCCGCCCACGUCCAGCGGGCCCGGGCGCUUGAGCAGCGCCACGCCGUCCUGCGGAGGCAGCUGGACGCCUUCCAGCGCCUAGACGAGCUGGCCGGCCCCGAGGAUGCCCUCGCCCGCCACGUCGAGGGCAACCGCCAGCGCGCCCGGGACCUGGCGGCCGAGCGCACCCGGCUGGAGCGCCAGGGCGCAGAGGCGCAGCGCGAGCUCGACGAGUUCCGGAGCAAGUAUGAAAACGAGUGUGAGUGUCAGCUGCUGCUGAAGGAAAUGCUCGAACGGCUCAACAAGGAGGCCGAUGAAGCCCUGCUGCGUAACCUGCGCCUUCAGAUCGAAGCCCAGUUUCUGCAAGACGACAUCAGUGCGGCCAAGGACAGGUACAAAAAGAACCUCCUGGAGAUUCAGACCUACGUCAGCAUCCUGCAGCAAAUUAUCCAGACCACCCCGCAAGCAGCCUCCAUAACCAGUGGGAUGAGGGAGGAGAAGCUCCUGACGGAACGGGAGGCGGCUGCCCUGCAGAGCCAGCUGGAGGACGGCCGAGAGGUGCUCUGCCUCCUGCAGGCCCAGAGAGCCGAGCUGCAGGCCCAGACAGCGGCCCUAGAACAAGCCAUCAAAGACGCCCACGAAUGUUACGAUGAUGAGAUUCAGCUCUAUAACGAGCAGAUCGACACCCUGAGGAAGGAGAUUGAGGAGGCAGAGAGGAGCCUGGAGAGGUCGUCCUACGACUGCCGGCAGCUGGUGGUCGCCCAGCAGACCCUGAGGAAUGAGCUGGACCGGUAUCACCGGAUCAUCGAGAACGAAGGCAACAGGCUGAGCUCCGCCUUCAUUGAAACUCCGAUCACUCUGUACACCGCGACCCACAGAGCCUCGCUCAGCCCUCGACACAGCGGGAAAGAUCUCACCAGGGCUGUGCAGGAUAUAACAGCAGCAAAACCAAGACAAAAAGGCCUCCCCAAGAAUAUUCCAAGGAAAAAGGAGAUUAUAGCAAAAGAUAAAGCAGAUGAAAGUUUGGAAGAGGCACCGCUGAGAGGUCCUGAAGACCCAAAGCUGGGGCGGGUGGUACCUAAGGAAGAGGGUGAAUCUAAGCUUGAAUCAGGGGAUGGAGCAAGUCCCCCGACCCUGGAGGGGGCUCCAGAGGAUGUCCCAGAUGGAGGGAAGAUAAGCAAAGCCUUUGAAAAACUAGGCAAGAUGGUCAAGGAGAGGGUGAAAGGCCCCAAAGAACCCGAGCCCCCCGCUGAUCUGUACACCAAGGGGCGCUACGUGUUGGUCUCUGGGGAUGCCAAUUUCGUGGACCCAGGCUUCUGCUCCUUUUCCGUCCCGGCCAAAGGGGGCGUGGUGGUUUCCAAGGGGGACGACUCUGUGUGUCCCGACAGCCGCGUGGAGCCCUCUCCCCAGCAGCCCGAGCCCCCUCUGGAGGACGGACAGGGGCCUCCCCAGGGGAAAGAAGAUGGUGUGGAGGACGGACAGGGGCCUCCCCAGGGGAAAGAGGAUGGUGUGGAGGACGGAGAGGGGCCUCCCCAGGGGAAAGAGGAUGGUGUGGAGGAUGGACAGGGGCCUCCCCAGGGGAAAGAAGAUGGUGUGGAGGACGGAGAGGGGCCUCCCCAGGGGAAAGAGGAUGGUGUGGAGGAUGGACAGGGACCUCCCCAGGGGAAAGAAGACGGUGUGGAGGACGGAGAGGGGCCUCCCCAAGAGAAAGAAGAUGGACACCCUGCCACCCCGCAAGCUGCAGACAAAGGGGGUGAGAUGAAAGCUGAAGAACCAAAGGGCCCCCGGGGGAAACAGGAUGGCCCGAAGGAGGAGGAGGGGGCCAGGGGGCCCUGUCCCCUGGUCACGCCUCGUCCAGAGGGACCGUCUACACCCCAGUCUCAAGGGCCUCAGGUCACUCAGGGUGGGUCCGAAGGGCCUGGGGCUCGGAGCACCAGCCUGCCGGCCAGAAGCCCUCCUAGGACGCUGGCCUAUGAGAAGGUGGAGGUGAUGGAAUCCAUUGAGAAGUUUUCCACUGAUAGCAUCCAGACGUACGAAGAGACCGCAGUCAUCGUGGAGACCAUGAUAGAAAAGACGAAAGCAAACAAGAAGCUGGGGGAGAAGGGCUCCUCUAACGUCUAGGCUCUCGGGGAGGACAUGCCUCAGGGCCACUGUAGGGAAGCGCUUGCAUAUUUUAGGACAAACCAUAUGAGAGUGAGGGUUCUUGUUUGGAUUAGACCAUAGCUGGCCCGUCUGGCUUGCCGGUGAAGCCUUAAUUAAAGCGUUUUCUUUGCUUGCA